UUAUGAAAGGCUGACGUCAAUCAAAGGGACCAAGUUACGAGGUCGUUUUACUGAGAAGUUCCUUCCUUUCUCUCCGAGGAGGGCAAUCAAGAUUCUUGUACCUUUCCUGACGAGAAUGAUGAUUCAGAUAAUAUAAGCCCACGAGUCCAGGUGGGAUUUUUUUUUUCUGUUCUUUUGUUUCUCGAGUUGCCGAUGCAACAGUGUAAAGAAUUUUAUAAUUGUCUUACGUAAUAUUACGGUGGAGGCAGCUACGGCGGCAUUUUGGCCCAAACCCUAGCUUCUUCCUCUUCUGGAGAAUUAGAAAAUGGCUGAUCUUAAAGAACGCCUUCUACCCCCAAAACCUGCAUCAGCUGCAAAUCUUCGAGAUGUAUCUUAUAGGCCCUCUGCAUCUGGCCGUCCACCAUUUCCAGGUGUUGACGUUCUAGGCCUCAAAAAGCGUGGCCAAGGCCUUCGUUCAUGGAUUCGUGUCGAUUCCUUUGGGAAUUCGCAAGUUAUUGAGGUUGACAAAUUCAGUAUGAUGCGUCGUUGUGAUCUUCCUGCCCGUGAUUUGCGCCUGUUAGAUCCAUUAUUUGUUUACCCAUCCACAAUUCUUGGAAGAGAGAAGGCAAUAGUUGUAAACCUGGAGCAGAUUCGAUGUAUUAUAACAGCAGAUGAGGUGCUGCUUUUGAACUCUCUAGAUAACUAUGUAGUGCAGUAUGUGGUGGAGCUGCAACGGCGGCUGCACGCUGCUGGAGUCAGUGAUGUUUGGCAGACAGAAGGUAGUGAUUCGAGCAGGAGGGGAAGGAACUUUGACAAUAUGUUUGGAAAUACUUCACCAGAUUAUUUGCCCUUCGAGUUUCGGGCUCUUGAAGUUGCUCUGGAGGCUGCUUGCACAUUUUUGGAUUCUCAGGCAGCAGAAUUGGAGAUUGAAGCAUACCCACUGCUGGAUGAGCUUACAUCAAAGAUUAGUACCUUAAACUUGGAGCGUGUUCGUCGAUUAAAAAGCCGACUUGUUGCUUUGACCCGGAGAGUUCAGAAGGUUAGGGAUGAGAUAGAGCAGCUAAUGGACGAUGAUGGAGAUAUGGCUGAAAUGUACCUUACUGAGAAGAAAAGACGAAUGGAAUCAUCCUUUUAUGGUGAUCAAUCUCUUCUUGGAUAUCGGUCAAGUGAUGGUGUACAAUCUAUUUCUGCUCCAGUCUCGCCUGUUGCGUCACCUCCUGAUUCCAGAAAGCUGGAGAAAACUUUAAGUAUUGCAAGGAGCAGACAUGAGAGUGUCAGGAGUUCAGAAAGUGCAAAUGAGAGUAUAGAAGAGCUCGAAAUGUUGUUGGAAGCUUAUUUUGUUGUUAUUGACAGCACCUUGAACAAGUUGACAUCGCUGAAGGAGUACAUAGAUGACACAGAAGAUUUCAUCAACAUUCAGCUGGAUAAUGUCCGAAACCAGCUUAUACAAUUUGAGUUGUUACUUACAACAGCAACAUUUGUCGUUGCCAUCUUUGGUGUGGUAGCUGGAAUAUUUGGCAUGAAUUUUACAGUACCAUUGUUCGAUAAUCCAAAUGCGUUCAAGUGGGUCCUCAUAAUUACAGCAGUAUGUGGAAUUAUCAUAUUCUGUUCAUUUUUGUGGUUUUUCAAAUACAAAAGGCUGAUGCCGCUGUAAGGAAAUUUAGGAGCAUUAUUGCUAGUCAUGCAAACCUUUAGCAUCAAAUUUUUGUAAGAGUGUCUAAUCUAUGCCAAGAAAUAUAGCAAAAGAGCAAGCUGCCUCAAUUCUUUUA